AGAGCGCAAACGGCAACAAAGACAGAGCCAGUGGCUGCUGGGAACUACGAGGAGAAGUUCAGGGAAAGCAACAGAGGGUGCACUCGACUGUUAAACUGCCUUACAGAACACGUGAAGCAUGGAGAAACCAAGACAGAGUCGGCUGUAAAAUGGUUACAGGAGUUGGACUUUUGGUACAUUAAACAUGGAUGGGACUGUGAGUGGAACAACAGAACCUCAGGAGAACCAGAGUGUAAAGGACGAGGACAGGAUUUCAGUUAAGGAUGGACCCGUGUCUGACGCUCCAGUGGAAGGGGACGUGGAUGCAGAUGCUGGGGCGCACAACUCCCGGGACAGCCGUAAACUGGACUGCAUCGUCUGCUACAGUGCAUAUAAUCUGGGAGAACGACUACCGCGGAAGCUCUACUGCGGACACACGUUCUGUCAAGCCUGUUUGAAGCGCCUCGACACACUCAUCAAUGAGCAGAUGUGGAUCCCGUGUCCGCAGUGCAGACAGAACACUCCUGUACCUCGCGGAGGAGCUACCGCACUAGAUCUAGACCUGGCUGCGUUUCUGGGUGUUAAAGCUGAAGUGGAAAACCAGCGAGCCUGCAGCCAGAAAACACAGCUGGAGACCAAGAGCUCCUUCAAAAAGCAGCCAAUCACAGAUCAGCCUCCUUCAGCCUGGGCCAACGUGGCUCUGACGGAGCAUCGCUUCCCCAGGAGCCCCUGCUGCAAACACUGCCUGCUCUGCUGCUGGUGGUGCUGAAAUCACAGAUACCUUCGCAAAGUUGCCUGAGAUAAGAAAAUCAGUUUGAUUUGGGUACUCGGAUGGAUCAGUAAUCUGACAAAUUCUGCAAGAGCCAGUGUCCAAAUUGGAAGUAUGACGGAUAAACGGACAGACUGGAUUUCAGAUCUAAUAGACAAUCUGACGGGAAUAACAC